CUCCUCCUUCCUCUCCUGGGCUCUCUUCUCCACAAGGUAGCCUUCCUUUCCCUCCUCCUCCUGGACCUGGUGCGUUCUUGGCUGAGGGAGAGAUGGGGAACGUCUGUGGUGGCUCGGGGAAGAAUCAUGUGUCGGGGGAUUUCAGGCCGUCUAGCCCAGGGACAAUGACCUCCAAGACAAGCAGCAGCGUCACCACCAGCAACAGCACCACGGGGAAGCUGUCCUCCGUCGGCAGCAGCUUCAUGGCGUCUUCCGGCAGCGGCGGCACGAGCAGUGGAUUUGAUGAGGGUGUGGGGGUGUACCCAGAGGGCCAGAUCCUGGAGGCACCAAACCUCAAGACAUUCACAUUCAUUGAGCUCCGGACAGCCACCAAGAACUUCAGGCCGGACAGUGUCCUUGGGGAGGGAGGCUUUGGGAGGGUGUACAAGGGAUGGGUGGAUGAGAAAAUGAACCCUGUGAAGAGCGGCACCGGCAUGGUUGUUGCUGUCAAGAAGCUCAACUCAGAGAGCAUGCAAGGUUAUGAGGAAUGGCAGUCAGAGAUAAACUUUCUGGGUAGGCUCUCGCACCCAAACCUAGUCAAGCUCUUGGGCUACUGCUGGGAGGACAGGGAACUUCUGCUGGUGUAUGAAUUCAUGGCCAAAGGGAGCUUAGAGAACCAUCUUUUCAAGAAAGGAUGUCCUCCACUAACAUGGGAACUGAGGCUGAAGAUAGCCAUUGGGGCAGCUCGAGGACUUGCUUUCUUGCAUGCAUCAGAGAAGCAAGUCAUCUACCGUGACUUCAAGGCUUCCAACAUCCUUCUAGACGCAAACUAUAAUGCAAAGCUCUCUGAUUUUGGGCUUGCUAGGCUUGGACCAACUGGCAGCAACUCACAUAUCACAACAAGGGUGAUGGGCACAUACGGAUAUGCAGCUCCGGAGUAUGUAGCAACUGGUCAUUUAUAUGUCAAGAGUGAUGUUUACGGUUUCGGAGUUGUGAUGCUAGAGAUGUUGUCCGGUCAGCGGGCACUAGACCCCAACCGUCCAAAUGGGCAACUCAGCCUUGUCGACUGGGCGAAGCCCUACUUGGCGGACCGGAGAAAGCUUGCGCGUCUCAUGGAUGCCCGGUUUGAAGGCCAGUACAACUCCAAACAAGCGCUUCAGGCAGCGCAGUUGACACUGAAUUGCCUGGCAGGUGAGCCCAGGAGCAGGCCCUCGAUGAAGGAAGUUCUUGAGAAGCUUGAACAGAUCGAAUCGAUGAAGAGCCGAGCGAGGGACACAAGAGGAAGCGGCUCAUCACGGGAUCGCAGCCAUGGCCGCACCACUGCACACCAGCGGUCAUCACCACGCCCUGAUGCCCGUCGUGGAUCAAGGACCAAUGGUCAUGCCACAAAGGCGAGGUGAUCCAGACAUUGGAUGGAGCCGAUGACAAUUCUUCCUGUAAAUGGCCUGAAUUUUUGUCUGAUGUUCAGUUGGUGAUGUUUGUUUGCUGCUAUAUCAUGAAAGAAAGGGCCUUGUUGCCCAAUCAUGAUGAGUGUAAAAUGCAGCAACAAGAAAAAUAUAGCUGUAAUUUGUAACCACUAGAAAUAGAAGGAAUAAUUCUUGAAAUGGCUUGCUCAAUAGUUUGUGCAGUGUGUUCAA